CGAUCGCUGGAGAAGAACAUGUAGUUCCAGGAGCGCUGUCGAUUGAGAUGUUGCCAUUCAUAUAGCAGCAAAUUUGCACUUAUCAAUUGCGCCCUCGGCGCGUGGUGUGGUGUCGAGCGGAACAUGGCAGCGCUGACGGUGAAGCUCCCACCGCUCAUUGAGCAACUCCGUGGAGCAGUUGGAGAGGAUGCCAAGAUUGCGGCCCUGGCGGCUCUACGGAAUGCGCUGGACUCGAGCCAGACAGGCGAGGCACCCUGCCCGAACGACUUCGUGGCGACUUGGCUGCCGGGCCUGCUGCAGCAAAUGCAGGGCGACGCCUCCUCCUACGUACGGCGUGAGCUAGCGGCUUUCACCGGCCAGCUGGCCGUCAACCACACCGGCACCGCGGCCCUGGCGGCGGCCUGCGCCUGCCUGGGGGCGCUGCUGAGGGACGGCGUGCCGGGCGUGGUGAAGGAGGCGGUGCUGGCAUUCGCGUGCGUGCUGCGGGGGGCGCUGGCGCUGGCAUCACUCAAGCCCAACCAGACCGACGUGCGUGACGCUUGGGACGGCGUGCGGCGGCUGCAGGGCGAGGUGGUGGCCACCAGCCAGGGCCACGCCGCCAACUGCGUGCGCAUCGCCGCCACCAAGCUGGCGGAGCACGUGGUGCUGCUGUUCACACACGACGCCGCGCCCACCGUGCCGGGUGUGCCCGAGACGCUGGUGAACAAGCUGCGGCUGCCCGACGCCGCGCGGCUGGCUGGCGAGGCGGAGGGGCUGCUGCGCUGGCUGCUGGAGCCGCUGCGGCCGGCGGCGGCGCUGGACCAGCCGCCGGUGCGCCUCAUUGCGCACGUGUCCGCCGCCUGGAGCGUCGCCAUCGCGCGGCCCAACCUGAUGGGCAAGCUGCUGCCGGUGCUCAUGGCGCUGGCCAAGGAGGGCGGCUUCCUCGCCAGCAGCGCGCCCGGCGCGGCGGGGCGCAGCAGCGGCGACGUGAGCGUGGGCAACGCGCUGCGCAGCGGGCUGGCGGCGGUGCUCAAGAGCCGCGUGCCCAGCUCCGUGCCGUGGCGGGCGCGGCUGGUGGCAGCGCUGGAGAGCCUGGGCGCAGGCGAUACGGCGUCUCACAUGAUGAAGUACAUCGAGCGGCAGGAGUGGAAGGAGCGCAGGGCGACUCGGGACAAACGUCCGGCGGAAGACGCUCUCAGCGGCCAUGACGCCAAGCGGGCGGCGGCCGAGGCCGCAGCGGCGGCGGAGGAGGCGGCGCGCGUGUCCCAGGCACCGCCAGCGGCGCCCGCGCCUGGCGGCGGCUACGGGUCGCAGCAGGGUUACGCGCCAGGCGGCGUUGUGCCGUCGGCGGGCCCUGGAGGCUACGCAUACAUCAUGCCUGCGCCCGCAAACGGCGCAGCUGCGGGUCCGGGGUACGCCACCUACCCGCCCUACCAGCCACCCGGGGCGAGUCAACCUGUGGCCGUACAACCUAUGCCGCAACAGCUACAGGCGGCGGCGGCGCAGCAGCAGCAACAACAACAGCAGCAGCAACAGCAGCAGCAAGCGUUGAGCGAGGCCACACAGCAGGCGAUGCAGCAGGCGAUGCAGCAGGCGGCGGCGGCGCAGGCGGCGGCGAUCAUCACAGCGGCGGCGCAGGUGGCGGCGGGGCUGCCGCCGGUGACGGCGCCGCCGUCCGAGAAGUCAGAUCUGGACCAGAUCCUGGCCUACGCGGACGCGGCGCUGCGCUCCCGCGACGAUGCGCUGGUGGAGUCGCUUCUGGGCAGCCUGGUGGCGGGGCAGCCGGCGCUGCUGGCGGACCUUGUCCUCGCACACCUGCCCCUGCUGCCGCCGCAGCUGCCGCCGCAGUUCUGGCCACCGCCCAUGCCCAUGCCGCCACCCAUGCCGGCGCCAGCGCCGGCGCCGCUGGUGGCUGCGCUACAAGCGCAGCCUGUGGCGCAGCAGCAGCCGCAGCUACCGGCUCCGCCUCCGGCGGCGGCCGCCGCCGCUGCCGCGGCGGUGGCGGCAGCGCAGGCGGUGGCGGUGGCUGCCGCCGCCGUGGCGGCGGGCGGGCCGCCUGCGGCGCCACAGGCUGCAGUGCCGAUCGGUGCCGCGGGCUAUCCUCCGGGCGUAGGUGCUUUGAUGCCGCCGCCGCCGCAGGUGGUUAUGGUGGGGCCGCCGGGGCUGCAGCAGCCGGGGCUGCCGAUGGCGGCGCCCGCCGUUCCUGUGGCCGGCGGUCCCGCGGGCUUCCCCGCGCGCAUGACGCCGCCGCCGCCCCCGCCGCCGCCGAUGGUUGCCGUUGUGCCUGUGGGCGCGGCAGCAGCAGUGGCGGCGGCGCCCGCCGGCCCGGCUCCGGGUCGGCAGCCGGAGGGGCCCACAGUGGUGAUGCCUGGGCGGCGGCCACGGGGUCCGCUGCCGCCGCUGCAGGGGCCGGCGCGCCCGCCCCUCGCACAGCCCCAGUUUGCGCUAUCUGCCGACGGCGCCGGCGCGCCAGGGCGGCGCGGGGCGGCGGCGGCGGCGGGCGCUGCCGCGGCGCCGCCCAAGCCGCCGCCGGUGCGCCCCGCCACGCUGCUGCCUGCUGCUGCGGCGGCGCUGCGGCAGGGUGCGCUGCGGCGGCUGAUGGCGCUGCCGCCGGCGGCGCCGCCGGGGCGGCGGCUGCGGCAGGUGGUGCUGGCUCGCUUUGGCGCGCACGUGCUCCCCAGCGACCCCACCGCGGAACACCUGCUCGAGUACUCGUUGCGGCACUACCAUGCCGGCGGCUCGGAGCUGGCCCUGGCCUGGCUCAACUCGCUGUUUGUGGCGGUGUGUCCGCUGCCGCAGCGCGUGGUGGCGGCGGCGGCGGCGGCGGCAGCCGCUGGAGCGGGCGCCAGUGCCGGGGGUGGCGGCGGGGCAGGGGGAAGCGGGCAGGGGAGAACCGGGGGCCUGCACGGAAUGGAGGAGGAGGAGGGGAAGGAUGGAGGACAGGAGGAGGGGAAGGAGGACGAGAAGGAGGAGGGGAAGCACUGGGUGGCCGGGCAGGGGCUUGCGACGGGGCAAGCGGCGGCGGACGACGGCGAUGCGAUUAUGGCGGAGGCGGGGUGCGGCGGCGCCGGCGACGGUGCAGGCACUGCAGGGGAGGGGGUUGGGGAAGAGGACAAGAAGGCAGAGCCUGCAAACAGCACACCCGAGCCCAAAGCCGACGCGGAUGCUGACAUGUCGGAGGCGGCUGCUGCGGCAGGAACGGCAGCGGUCCUGCAGGGCGAGGGGGUGCCGGCAGCGGCAGAUGCCGACGCUGACGCUGACGCUAUGGCGAAAGCGUAUGACGCAUACGCCGACGCAGACGACCACGGCCUGAUGGGCGGCGGGGCAUCAGGGCAACACAACCUUGCCGUUGGGGACGGCCUGCCGGGGCCAGGUCCAGGGGAAGCAGCAGAAGGGGGGCCAGGGCAGGCAGCAGGUGCAGCCGGCAGCGGCGAAGCAUCGGGGCAGACGUCAGCUGGCGGCCAGGUGGGGGCGGGGCAGGAAGCUCAGGCCGAGGCUCCCGACCUGAGCGGCACGCCCUAUGAGACUGUGCUGCUGGCGUUGCUGGAGCGGGCGAGGAACCACGCCGUGAUGUGGCACGCGCACCAGCUGCGGCGCUACAGCCGCAGCCUGCGCGACACCGCCACCAUACUGCAGCAGCAGCGCGCGGCGCUACUGCCGCUACAGCCGCCGGCGGCGCGGCUGGCGGCGGGGCUGGAGGCCACGCUGGCGGCGGCGCGGCUGCUGCAGACCAACGUGGCGUGGGCGGCGGCGCAGGGCGCGUGGCUCCAGGCGGAGGCUUCGGGGCUGGACCUGGGGGCGGCAGGCGGCGGGGGUGUGGAGGGGGAGGAGCUGCAGGCGGUCCCCGAGCUGGCGGAUGAGGUGGUGGCCGAGGUGGAGGGGGUUCAGGCCUCCGUGCAGGAGUCCAUGAUGCAACUGCGGCAGUGGCAACAGGAGCUAGGGCACCCGCUGCCACCGCCGCCGCCGCCGCCGGCGCAGCCGCCGCGGCCCCUGGUGGGGCUGGAGGUGAAGGAGCUGCUGCGGGCGGCGCCCAGCCUGCCCCUGGGCGGCGUGCUGGGCUUCCUGCGCGAGCUGCUGGGCGGCGGCGGCAAGUGGGCCACGCUGGCGCUGUCAACCGCCUGGGACGCCAUCGAGGGCCGGCCGCCGGCGCGCGCGGCCAUGCUGGACCUUGUGCUGGAAGCGGCGGAGGACCCGCACGAGGAGGUCCGCUCUGCCGCCGUGCGCCUGCUGACCAGCAAGCUCUACCCGCGCCCCAACCUGCGCCCCACCAUCCUCACCACCGCCGCGCUGCGCCUCACCUCGCUCAUGCCCGCGCCGCCACCCGCGGCCGCACCCGCACCCGCACCCGCACCUGCCGACACCAUCACCACCACCACCGCAACCGCCACCACCAACACCGCCGAGGCCGGCGCCGGAGGCGCCGAAGGCGCCGCCGCGGCGGCGGAGCCGCCGCAGCCGCCGCUGCCUCCUCCUCCUCCGGUGGAGCCUUGCUCCGUGUCUGAGGCCACGCGGCGUGUGGCACUGUACAUGGCGCUGGUGGCCAAGCAGCCCGACCUGCUGCCGGGGCUGGUGGCGGCGUACGCGGGUGGCGGGCCCAACCUGAGGGCGGCGGUAGGCGGGCACGCGGGCUCGCUGGCGGCGGCGCUGGGGCCCUCGCAUCCGGCGCUGCUGGCGCAGCUGCGGGCGCCGGUGCCGGGCAGCGAGGAGCUGCUGCUGACCAUGCUGCACGCUCUGACGGACAAGGACCUGCCCCCGGGCCGGCUGGUGGACUCGUGCAAGGCCUGGUACGCCGCCAGCAGCGACCCGCGGGUCCUGGUGCCGGUGGCCUUCACCCUCAGCCGCCGCGAGGUGGUGGGGCUGCUGCCGGUCAUGCUGCGGCGCCUGGCGCCCGCGGUGCUCAAGAGACUGUACCGCUCGCUCGCCAGCAAGCACGGCGAGGUGGAGCCGUUGUUCUCCGCCUCGGAGCUGCUGGUGGCGCUGCACCGCGACCUGGACCCCGUGCGGGACGAACUGCCGCUCAAGUCGCUGAUGGCGUCGGUGGACCUGGCCCUGCACUCACCCGACAUCUUCCCACAGCCGGUGAUGCUGGCUGCCAUCCGCGCCAUGGAGGGGCUGUCCCCGCUGCCGCGCAUGUUCAUGCGCACAGUCAUCCAGGCGCUCAAGGCGGCGCCGCGGCUGCGCACAGACGUGGUGCAGCUGCUGGAGCGGCUGGUGGCCAAGCAGAUCUGGAUGGACCGCGACCAGUGGCGCGGCUUCCUGUUGUGCGCCGACAACAUGCGCAGCGACGCCUACGGCCCGCUGCUGCAGCUGCCGGAGGCAGUCCUGGAGGUGACCAUGCUGGGCGCCGCCGCCUCCGACGCCGCCCGCGCCCAGGCCGGCCGCAUGGGCCUGCCGCCUGGCUGCCAGCUGCCGCUGGGCUCCGGCGCCAGGCUGGCGGCGUACGUGCUGCACCCCGCGCCCAACCAGCCGCAGAUGGCGAACGUGAUGGUGACCACGGGCAUUCGGUCGGUUCUGCAGCGGCUGCUGGCGUUGCAGAAGGCGCAGGAGGAGGAGGCCGCGGCGGCGGCGGCGGCGGUCAAGGCGGAGGCCGCGGUGAAGGCGGAGGCCGCAGCCGCGGCGGUGAAGGCAGAGGCGGAGGCGGGAGCCGUCAAGGUCGAGGAAGGCGCGGCGGCGGGUGCGCCCAGCGGCCGGGCUGCGGGCAGGGAGGAGCCGGGCGCGGCAGCCGGGAACGGCGGCGUGAAGGUGGAGCCAGGGUCACACGCUGGAGCUCUGGGGCCGCAGCCGGGGCACCAGCAAGGGACGAAUGUACCGGAGGCGCCAUCGCCUGCACCGGCGCUCACGCACGUGCACUCCAUUCGUGCCGGGCGGGAGGCCAGCGCCGCCGCCGCCGCCGCGGCUGCGGCUGCCGCGGCGGCCGCGCGCACCGUGCCCCGGCGGGAGUCGGCUGGCGCGGCAGCACUGGGGGCCGGGGGGCCGGGGGCAACCGGUUUCCAGCCUGGGGCCGCUGGGGCCGGGGAUGCAGCUGCUACAGGUCCGGAUGACCUGUUGGAAGAAGAGGGCGAGGAGGGCGGCGGCGCCGGUGGCGAGCAUGAGGCGGCGGAGGCCGGCGCGGCUGGCGAUGGCGGCACCGGAAACGAAUUUGAGGUGGACUUCGAAGAUGACCUUUAGUAGGAGCACUGGGAUGGUAUGUUGGUAUGUGCAUGCGCAAGGGGUGGGUAGCAGCUUUGGGUCAAGCUUAACACCUAGUUGGGCCUAGUUGUGUGCGUGUUGUCAUGCUGGGCAUUAAUGCUGUGCGGUUGCUGGUGCCGUGCUGGGGAGCUGGGCAGGCGCUGAGUCAUCGGGAACGGGUGAGAGGUUUUUGUGGCGAUGAUUGGAGGCAGUGGAAUCACACGCAUGCGUCGUGACCACGCGAGCGCGACUAUAGACUUGCGCGCUUGGCUGCUUGCGCACAAUCUUGCGUCCCGAGCCGCCGCAAGCUGCGAGUGUGGAUGUGCGAUGAAAUAGCAAACGGACUGCACCAAGAUGGAAGGUCAGGAGCAAUGUGGUGCACGUGGCGGCAGGGACGUGCGUGCUGACGGAAGUGGAAAGGAGGCAAGCCUGCAAACGGCGGGCGUGGCAGGGUCAUGCUGCAUAGCUCGUCAAUUGUCAACGACAGGCCCUCACCAGAGGGCCGCUUUCCCACACGACCUUGACCACCUCCACCAUGUGAGUUAGCUGCGCAAGGGCGCGAGCCGCGAGAGACAUGUGACGCUGUGCUUGUUGCCGCCGGCGCCAUCGCAAAUGUCAUUGAGGUGUGGCAGGUUUCGUAACUGCAAAUCAGCCGGCCAGCAAACUGUGGCGGGGGGUGGCGGGGGGGGGGUGAACGAGGCGCCGCUUACGGAUGGACAAGCCCAAGGGCAGGAGGCCAGGAGUAGGCCAGGAGCACCCCUGGCCAGGAGCAAAGGCGGGCCGUGGGCGGCAAGCGGGCAGCGGCUGGGCACGCGGCUGGAGUGCCGGCGGCAUCCGGCUUCAGACUGGACGUGCUGUUACGAGAGCAAUGCAGAAGUGUGCUGCCUUGACGACCAGGCCAUCCAAUUGUCUCGGCACUGCCGCGACCUGCAGCCCUGGUGCGUGGUGACGGGAAAGGUUUCGCACAUGUGGCGGAUGUGAAGCUGAGCACUGUCAGUGCCUUUGGACGAUGGCGGUUCACGGGUUGUGCAGCUGAACCUUGAUAGCACCCAGGUGUCAUGCUGGUGCUUGAUGGACACAGCGCUAACGUGGAGUCGUGGAGAAGGCGAAGGCGAAGCAUGCAUGUGUACGGAGAUGGAAGUGGAGAUGUACCGUGCCUGACUUCAGGCAGUUGGUCUUGGCUGGGCGUGUUGUGUGCCAUUCCUGCGUUUGGUCAGCUUAUGUGCUGCGAUGGCCGAGGUUGCAGGCGCGCUCAUGGCGAGGAAUCCACCAGGCUGUGCCCAUAACGGUAUGUAAUGUUGAUUUACC